CGGGGAGCAGGAUCUUAUCUAGUGACCUUCAACGAUUAUUUUUCCCCAUUUUUCUUCAUAAAUGGAUUGAGAUGAGAGAAUACAUCUAGUCUUUAGUAUAGAAAAAUAGCCCUUGAAAAGCUCUACAAUAUUAUGAAUAAAUAAACUCUAUGUAUCAGAUAUAGGGCGUUUACUUUCAGUGCUAUAGUUUGAGAAUUGACUUAACAGAGUUUAAUUAAAGAACAAAUUUUUUCUCGUUUUUAUAUGACAGAAGAAACAAAAAGAAAAAAGAAUAAAGAAACACAUCUAACGCAUUUGUUGUCUAAUACAGUGCACAUGCAAAUAGUGAUAUCUCCAUUUUUGUCAGUUUUCUAUUGUUCAUAACAUUGUUAACUUUUCUCCGUUCUUCGUAAAGUUUUGUCUGUUACUUUUCUUGUGAUCACACGACACGACAGAACAGAAAAAAGUUAAACGACAACAUCGUUUCUAGAGGCACGAUCCAGGUAAUACGUCUUUUUAACUAGUUCCCUGAUACUUUUAUUGUUCUGCAGUAGACACGCUCAGGUAGAAAAAAGAGUAUAGAUUUGUUGAAAAAAUUCUAAUAUGAAAAUAAAGCCCUAAGGGUUUACUCUCCCUUGUCCUAGAUUAGCUUGCCAUUAUUCGUCUAAUAAAUUAUCAGUUGUUGUUUUUCUUUCCUUGUUUAACAACUUAACUGUAUUUCCUCUUUUUUGAUCAAGUUGUCACAACAUGUAAUGAGUAUAGCUCGACUUGUUGUUUUCAACAAUCCUAGUUCAAAUGAAAUACUCUUGCUUUACCAUGGGCGUAUUUCUUUGCAGAUUCUAUCACUGAUAGCGGACUAUGACGCUAAUGUUUAGCGGAGAAGUUAGAUUUUUUGCAUAAGACACUUAACUUAAAUCAGUGAUUUAUAUAGGAAAGACUUUUGAUUGAAGAACUCUAGAUCAGCAUAUUGGCGACGUGAUUUUCUUCUAAAAAGUCUGGAAAAAAGUUUUUUCUUUCAUACUAAGUAUUCAAGGUAAAAACGACUGUUCCGUACAACGAAUUUGAUCGACUUUUGGAUAAAAAAAGGUUUGUUUUCAAAUUAUUUAUUUUUUGCUUCAGGUUGCGGUAAGGAUGACUAUAAAAUAAUAUUUAUAAUCUGUGCUGUAAGCCAAAAUUGCCCACUGUGUCCGUACGUAAUAUACGAAUGUCGAUAGAUGAGAAAGAGUGAAGACAUCUUAUUUGACUGGUGCCUUUUAAAAGUCAAAUAAGUUAUUAUUUCUCACAUGAUACAUCUGAUUUUUUCUUUUCAUAUUUGUGUAUUGCCUCUCAUAUAUGUAUGUAUAUAAAGGUAGAACAAAUGUGUAUAUACCGUCUUUCUCGUAAAAUAUGUGUCAUACUUUCCAACUGUGUUUUAUCAGGUGAGUUAGGUAACUAAACAUCAAAUUCGAAGUUGAUUUCCGUCUUUAUCAAUUAGCUUUAUUUUCCCAUUCUUUGUCAAUUCAAAAACAGCUGCUGAAUGGCGUUCACGAACCAUAUAUCAACUGUUAACUGAUCGAUUUGCUCAUACGCCCAAUGAUAUUGAGACAAAUAAAAACUGUUUACAUUCUCCUCUAUCCGAGUACGAUAUUCGACACUAUUGUGGUGGCACAUACAAAGGUAUUAUUUCUCAUUUAAACUACAUAAAACAGAUGGGAUUCGAUGCUAUUUGGAUAUCUCCCAUAACAGCACAAAUUGAAAACGAUACACAUUGGGGUGUUGCAUGGCAUGGCUAUUGGCAACAAAAUAUUUAUAGAUUAAAUGAACAUUUUGGUACAGCGACUGAACUUCGGACAUUGAUACAAGCAGCUCAUACACUUGAUAUUUGGAUAAUGUUAGAUGUCGUUGUCAAUCAUGUAGGUCCAAAUGUAAAUGGAACAGCUCGCUAUGUUCCAUUUGAUUUAGAUAUUUAUUAUCAUCAACCACCAUGUCUGAUUACCGACUAUACAAAUCAGAGUCAAGUAGAAUUUUGCACGGUCGGUGAUAUUAACGUACCAUUGCCGGAUCUGAAUACUGAACACGAAUUUGUUGUUUCAACAUUUAAUCAAUGGAUUCAAAAUAUUAUUAAUGAAUAUGAAUUUGACGGUAUAAGAAUUGAUACAUUUCGUCACGUUCGAAAAACAUUUUGGACAGAUUAUGUGUCUGCAUCGGGUGUCUAUUCACUCGGUGAAGUGGCCACAUCCGAUACGGCCUAUGUUGGUGAUUAUCAGCGAUAUGCUGAUGGUAUUUUACAUUAUCCAUUAUAUUUUGUUCUAGAUGAAGUAUUUCGAGAUGAAAAUAGAAAAUCGAUUAGAGAAUUAGAUAAACAAGUUCAAUUAAAUGAAAAAUAUUUUAUAGAUACAACUUUGUGUGGAAUAUUUUUGGAUAACCACGAUCAAGCACGUUUUAUGAAUCAUACAACAAAUAUGAUACUUAUUCAGAAUGCCUUAACUUAUUUGAUGUUCAGUGAUGGAAUACCCAUUUUUUACUAUGGUACCGAGCAAGAAUAUCACGGUGACUCAGAUCCAUGGAAUCGUGAACCCAUGUGGCAAAGUAAUUAUUCACAGUCGACUCCUAUCUAUCAGUUCGUGAAAAAAUUACUUUUGCUACGUACAAUAUUAAAAUUAAAUUACCCACAGUACUUUUUGACACACCAACAUACCGUUUAUAUUGAUAACUCGACCUACAUCUAUUAUAAAUACCCUGUUCUCAUUGUCGUAUCAAAUGAUAAUUUUGAUCGACCAAAAACAGUAAACAUUAUGAGUAAUAUAACAAAUUAUAUAGAUUAUUUUACAAAAGCAAAAAAGUUUAUUUGUAGUAUUCUGUUUCCUACAGCAAUGCACUAUCCACAUCCGUCUCAGCAACAAACGCAGUCUCAACCACAAACUCAGCAACAAAUUUUUGUUGUUCCACAAACCCCAAACCUAAACAAUAAUUCUAAUACGAAUCAAUUGAACCCUUCUAAAAUGUCCUACGUUUAUUCGACUGCUACGAAUCAGCAACAAAGCCCAUCAUCAAAUAUUCUACAUCAAACCCAAGGAAAUGUAAUACAAACAAAUGGAACUACAAUGAUUACAAAUCUUCUUACAACAACCAUCAUAUCAGCAAUUUCAGCUAUUGCAACAACGACAACACCAACAGUUUUUAGUCAAUAG